AUGAUGCAACAGUCAUUCGAUGCGGAAGACAGGGCUCAGAAGCGCGUCGACUUGGGACCAAUGAACUAUGAUCGGAUCCUGUCUCUGGGCUUCCCAUUCCAGCCCACCAAACGCGUCAAUGUCAACGAGGAUGGUGUAGAUCUAUGGCAAGAGGUAGAGAUGACGUGCAUCCGAAACGGCACACCGGUCGUCCUCGAGGGCUGGCACCGACAUCCAGAUUGGAACCAGAAGCUCUUUACAUUUCCUUACAUCGAAGCCCACUACGGCGACAAUGGUACCGAGAUUCUUUAUGACAGCGACUUUAUGCUCAAUAUUGAUUCUUAA